GGUUCCAGCUCUAUUUGCAGGCAAAUUGAAUAACAAUACAAGUUGUUCAUAUUGAUAUUGGUAAUUUACAGUGAAUUACUAAAAUUAUGAUAAGGAAUUGCCAGUCUCUGCUGACUGCACCGAAGCCUAUGCUUCUGUUGCGAAGUUUGGGAGUGCAACCAUCUCACCAGAUUAUUUUUGAUCGAAACUCAAAGCGGCUGCAAAAGGAGCGAGCUGCUCUUAGUGCGGACGUGGCACUCUAUGAUUAUCUAAAGGAAGAGAUCGGAUUCCGACUUGCGGAUCGUAUAUUUGAUAUUAAGCGCGAAUUUAAGGCAGCAGCUGACAUCGGAUGCAACCGGGGCUAUCUCUCUAGACACAUUUUAGCCGAAUGCGUUGAACAUUUGACGCUAACGGACACCAGUGCAACAAUGCUGGAGCAAGCUAAGGGCACACCCGGCCUGAAAAUGGCUAAAAUAGUCAAGGAUGAGGAAGAUUUGGAUUUCGACGAUAACUCUUUGGAUUUGGUCAUAUCAAGUUUGAGUUUACACUGGGUAAACGAUUUGCCAGGUUGCUUUGCCAAAAUAAAGCAAUGCCUUAAACCGGAUGGCGUCUUCAUAGCAUCCCUAUUUGGCGGUGACACUUUAUAUGAACUACGGUCCUCUCUGCAAUUGGCCGAGUUGGAACGGAAAGGUGGUAUAUCUCCGCACAUUUCACCCUUUACCCAAAUCCGAGAUAUUGGAUCUUUACUAAAUCGAGCUGGCUUCACCAUGCUGACCAUAGAUACUGAUGAGAUGGUUAUAGGUUAUCCCACAAUGUUUGAAUUGAUGUGGGAUCUUAAAGGUAUGGCCGAAAAUAAUGCUGCUUUCAAUCGACCUGCUCAUCUGAGUCGUGAAACUAUGCUAGCGGCCAGCGCCAUAUAUCAGGAACUCUAUGCGAAGGCCAACGAAACCGGCGUACCUGCUACAUUUCAAAUAAUCUAUUUUGUUGGCUGGAAACCAGGUCCAAAUCAGCCGCAACCAUUAGAACGUGGAACAGGCGAGGUAUCGCUCAAGGAUCUUGGCAAGAUAAUCGAAAAGGGUGGUAAAGUUCAGACUAAGACGUGAUAAAACUAAAUUAAUUUAAAUUUAAAUAAAGUAUAAUAUUCUGUUGUUAU